AUGGCAGCAGCCACCCGUCGCCGUAAGGCGGGCAUACCGGCCAGCCCUAGAGUCGUCUCGCCGUCGCCCGACCCCCCCGAGACGGACCGGGAUACCAUGUACGGUGGACCUGUGACGCGGUCGGCGGCUAAGAAGCGCAGACCUCGCCCUGGCGAAGAUGACGGGAUCGACGACGACGCCGACGCCGACGUCAACGGUUCCGCCACCCCGUCCCGACGAUCUCGCACCCGAAGCCGGUCUCCCAUCGACGCACUGCCGUCGCAGCGCAUGACGACGCGCAGCAAGCAGGCCGCCGUCAAGCCGGCACCCAUACAGGAAGAGGAGCCCAAGUCACCCACCACCGACUCCGACCACGACGGCAAGGUGACCACGAUGAAUGGCCACCUCGCGCCGCCGCAACCCACGGUGGCGGCGGGGUGGACCUGGCGCGACCUGAGCCGCAGCCCGAGCCCGCUGGGCCUGAUUCCGAUCCACCGGCACUGGCGGACGUUUGUGCACAAGCACGAGGUGCCCCGCAAGGCGCUCCACGUGUCGAUCGGCUUCUUCGUCGUCUGGCUGUACGUCGGGGGGACGCAGACGAGCUCGGUGGCGCCCUACCUCAUGUCGGCGCUGAUCCCCAUCACGGUGACGGACUGGCUUCGCCACCGGUACGCCUCGGUCAACAGGGUGUACGUGCGGGCUCUGGGGGCGCUGAUGCGCGAGAGCGAGUACUCUGGCUGGAACGGCGUCAUCUUCUACCUCCUGGGCGCCUGGCUCGUACUCUACUUCCUCCCCAAGGACCUGGGCGUCAUGAGCGUCAUGCUCCUCAGCUGGUGCGACACGGCCGCCAGCACGUUUGGCCGUCUCUGGGGCCGGUACACGCCGCGCCUGCGCAAGGGCAAGUCGCUCGCCGGGUCCCUGGCGGCCUUUGUGGUCGGCGUAGCCACGUCGUACUUCUUCUACGGAUGGCUCGUCCCCAGCGUGGGCCCCAUGCCCGGCGACGAGGCUUUCAUGUUCAAGGGCGUGCUGUCCCUCCCCACCUCGGUGGCCAGCGCCCUCGGCUUCCACGAGCCUGGCCAGGCCUCCAUCUCGGGCUCCUUGGCCCUGGGCGUCAUGAGCCUGUGGUCCGGGCUCAUGGCCUCGGUCAGCGAGCUCGCCGACCUGUUUGGUUGGGACGACAAUCUGACCAUUCCCGUUCUAAGCGGCGCGGGAAUGUGGGGGUUCCUCAAAGUUCUUACUUGA